AUGCGCUCCCCUCCACCUCCAGCCUCGCAGAACUCGUCACAGCCCCCAGUUAAUAGCUAUGGGAAUCCAUAUCAGUCGCCGCCGGCCGGGGGAGGUGGUGGAGGGGGAGGGUUUGGCCCCAACUUCGGCUUCAUGACCGACCCGACAGCCCAGAUGGGGUUUCAAGUAGGGCAACAUGCCAUGAAGGCUGGACAAGAAUACAUGGAGCAGAAUUUGAACCGCUACAUUUCUGUCUCUGCACUGAAACACUAUUUCAAUGUCUCAAACUCGUACGUGGUACGGAAGCUACUGCUUGUUCUGUUUCCCUGGCGGCAUAAGCCGUGGACGCGACAGCAAGCUCGAAUGACCACCUCCUCGACCGCUGCCGACGGCACAAUGACCCAACAGUCCUAUUCAUUCAACUACCUGCCGCCUCGCGACGACCUCAAUUCGCCGGACAUGUACAUCCCAAUCAUGGCCUUGAUCACAUAUAUCCUCCUGUCGACUGUGCUCGCCGGAGUGAGGGGUUCAUUCCACCCUGAACUGCUGGGUAGCAUAACUAGCACGGCCAUUUUCGUCAUCAUCUUCGAGAUCAUCGUCCUGAAGAUCGCCAUGUAUAUGCUGAGCAUCAGCAACGACUCGCAACUCCUGGAUUUGGUGGCUUAUUCAGGAUACAAAUUUGUGGGAGUGAUUGUGACACUGUUUCUCAGCGAGCUUCUGACUGGUGGGAGCGGCACAAACAACUGGGUGGGCUGGACAUUGUUUCUGUACACCUGGUACGCGAAUGCGUUCUUUCUGCUACGGUCACUGAAAUACGUCCUCUUACCGGAUGCCUCCUCUGGGGAUCCGACGGCCAUGCGAGGCGGAAGCUCAUACACCGUGGCCCGCGCACAGAAGAACCGUCGCACAUACUUCUUGGCGCUGUAUGCGUUUGUGAUCCAGAUGCUGUUCAUGUGGAUUCUCAGCCGUGAAGAGGCCGCUGUCAAGACGGUGGCCAGCAGACUGGCCGGUCCGAGAGCAUAG